ACCCAGUUUAACACACACAUUUCAAGAUGUCACGCACCAUGGCUAUUUACAACAACAUUUGUUAGACAUUUAUACCAUGCCAUAUUACUACAAGCAUUCCAUGUGGCUUGGCAGAAAUGAGUGGGAACGACUGAAGACCCAGGCCGACCCACCGCCGCCGUCACCACGGCUCCAGGAAGACCUGUACCUGAAGGAUUUGAUAGAAAAGUCCCAGAAAUGGAUCAAGACAUGGCCGGAUAGCGUAGAAAGUCACGUAACACAAGCUCAAAAGCGUGCAGACAAAGACCAUCACAAGGAGAUAGCAGAAGUGCACGCAUUCUUCAAGCAGAGGAAGCGAGACGACACGAGGCAGGCCCUUGCCAAGGCGAGGCAGCUCAUAUUUGAGGGCAGCUCUUGUGGAAAACAACUUCUAAGCGCACUAGUAGCAUCAAAGGUGAUCGAAGAAAGAGAAGCUCAAAUCGCAUUUAAAAAGGAGCUUGAAAAGAAUCAACUCGAAUCGGAAAAGAAGAAGGACCACCGAGAAUUGUACUUUUUCAAAAAAGACAAUCCGAUUGAACAAGAGAAACUACGGAAAAAGAAAAAUGUGUUAUUUGCACUGGAAAACAAGGAAAUGCAUGAGGCACAAAAUACAAAAAUCAAGAAAGACAAAGAGGAAGAAACUCGCUUGGAGAAAGAGGAUGCGGCACUGACACAGGGGCUACUAGACUACGAGAACCAGGAAGAGAAACUGUUUAGAAAAUGUCAAGAAGAUCAAAUAAAGAAAUAUGAACAAGACAUAUUGGACUUUAAAGAAGCUAAAAAAAAGCGGGAGAUUGAAAACGAUAAAAAAAUUGAACAGGCAAAGAAAGAGACCGAUUGUAGACUUCUGAAGAUUAAAAAUUUGCAACAAAAGUAUAACACAGUUAAAUUAGAAUCGGAAGCAAGGAAAAUGAACUACAAACUCAUAGAAAAAAUUGAGAAAGAAAAGCGUAAACGUUUCGAAGAUUUUGUGGAAAAGGGAGUGAAGCGUCAGGAAAAUGAGGCAAUGAAAAAAGAACAAGAUGAAUUAACGAAACAAAAAAAUAAAAGAGAAGCGAAGGACGCUCUAAGAAAACAGCAACUACUAGCCAUAGUGGAGGAGAAAUCGCGAUGCGACCGCAUAUGUUCGUGUGACCGGCAAUGUGUGAUCGCAAGAUCGUACAUCGAACGUCACGGCAAACCGUGCGGCAAGAACAAACUGCUGACACAUGAACCAGAGCCAAAGCACGAGAAGCUGCAGUUCUUAUCGAAAGAAAAACCGCUGACCGCCGCACUCCGCCGACGCGAGAAGGAGCCAUCUCCGUUCUCGGGCACGAGCGGUGCGCACGCGCAGUUCGCAGCGCAGGCCGCGCGCACGCUGGCGGACUGCAAGCACAAGACUAUGGCGAGGAGAGUUGUCGAUGAAUAUAGAAGAAUAAACUUCUUGAACGAUACUACAUUGCCUGUGAAGAAUUAUUAAAUAUUCACUUUUUAUCGGAUUUGGAUCAGGAAAUUGAUAUGUAAAUAAAAUUCCAGUUUCGACAAUCA